AUGCAGUCGGAAAUGAGCGAUAUUUUACAUGCAAUGGCUAAGGAGAAGAUGCCAAAGAGCAGCACCCUGAAAAAGGACGCACAGGACGCAAUUUCGAUCGUGGAUAGAUACAUAGGGCCAGAGUCGGAGUUUUAUUCCUAUGUGAAAAAGAACCCACUCAUGCAGAUUCCCUUUAUUAAGUUUUUGCAGGAGACUUCCACAAAGAACAAGCUUUUUUUCCACUGCUUCAACAUUAUACACAAGCUGGUCACGCGCAACAGCCUGUCAAAAGAGUUUAUCCCGCACAUAUUGGAAGAGCUUGAGAAGAAAAUGCAGCAGAGCCCAGAGAUGCGGCUGAAGGUGCUCCAGCUUCUGCAGCCUCUUAUUCUGGACCCGCAUCUUGUAAAGGGCGCUUUGCUACAGAAGCUGUUCAAGAUAGGAAUACGGCUGAUACAGGACACAAAAAGCACGAUGGGGACAGCAGGCGCUGCCAGAGUGACUGUGUGCACAGUGGUUGACUAUGUGUUUGAGCGGCCCAGCCUAUUAUCCGGCGAAGAAAAAGAAAGGGCAGAGAGCGACUGCGCAGAGAUCACAAGAGUGUCCCUCGAGUGCGCCAAGGAGUUUAGCAUGCUUGGGCUGGACCUGCUGAUGGCCUGCAUCUCAAACGAGUUCUCAAAAGAGGUGUUCAAAAGCGAGCCAAGAAGCCAGGUGCUUGACGAUGUGGUUGCUUUUCUAACGGAAGCAGUUGGCAGCAGCGACCCAAUCAUCGUCAAGAGCGCGCUUGGCAUUCUUAUAAAAACGCUUACAACGUCGCUGGAGGGCCAAAACCGCACGGUGCCUGUUCUUCUAGAAGUGUUUGGCGCGGAGAUGCAUCCCGAGUGCGAGUGGGUGCGGAGCGAGCUUAUCUUUGCGCUUCCGUACGGAGUUGUAAUGACAAUACUGCACAGCAGCGCCGAGCUUACAGAAAGGAUUCUGGGAAUACCCGAGAGCGAGCCCAUAGACAUUUCAGGAGUGGUUCAGGCGGAUGCGCUGAACUGCAAAGUGCCAGAAGAAACAUACACAGACACAAGCUUGAAGGUUUCGAAGGUCAUCAUCACGGGAGCCCAAAUAAACAACAUAGGCAUGCUUUCGCUGUUUAUGCCGUAUUUCACAGCAGUCCUGCAAAGAAUGGACAGCGCCGGCGAGUGGCAGGCAGGCCCCCUGGAAAGCGUCAAGCGAGCGGUGAAAAGCGUUGCUGCCUUGGCGGAGGGCGACGCAGAGCUCUUCAACAUGCUGGCGGCUGCGCUGUGUUCAGCGGCCAAAAAGCAUCCAAGGGUGUUUUAUGUAUUCGCAUUUGAGGUUAUAUUUUCGAGGAGGUCCAUUGUUGCAGUGUGGGGCUUAUUUUUCAUUCUGGCGUCCAAUGUGCAAAGCAAAGCCCCCGAGCUAAACUCAUGGAAAAAUCUUGUGGAUAGCCUGGUAGCAGUUGAGCCAGGAAUUCUGAGGAGGGCGCUUAGCGAAGCAUGCUUGACGUCUGAAGUCCCGAUGAGCGAGUUUAUAUACAUGGUUUUGGCGCUUGUGCACAGAGCCCGAGACUUUUCGGCAGAGGCAGUCCAGUGCGUGCACAAGAUAUUCUUGGACACUCCAAACGAGUCCGUCUCCAUGAGAAAAGAGCUGAUGGAGUGCUUUUUGGCCAAGUAUUUCGCAUCCAAUUUUCCAGAGGAGGUGCAUCUGAUAAUUUUCCCAGAGCUGGUCCAGGUGUUCUCAGCAAUAAAAGACCAGGAAAAAGACGCAGAAAAAACCCAAGCCAAACACAUGCUGCACCUAAUUUCUUAUGGCGUCAAAACCAUUGGGGAGGGGUUUGGCAAAGGAUGGGCGUGCAUAUACGCGAUUCUUGUGGACGCUGUGCAGGAUGAAAGCCUGAAGCGGACCGUUUUCGAAAUAGUCAAAAUAAUAACUGACAGGAUGCUAAAGCAUUUGCCAAGCGAGUGCCUAACAACCCUGCAGCGCCUUCUGUGCAUAUGCUGCAAGGCGAUAGAGGAGGAAAACGUUUCUUUCCAGGCGCUGUUUUGCAUCCGGGAUCUGACAGAGUACGCCCUCACAAACAGCAUUCCGAGCGAAAUACAGACGGACAUAAAGCACGCCACGUUCUGCCUGCUGUGCAGCAUGUCAUACGACAGAAGGGACGAUGUGCGAGACUCCGCCAUUGUGCAGCUCUUUGAGGUCAUAUACUUUUGCCAGAAGUCAAACAAAAGCCUUUGGGGGUCUCUUAUUAAGGUCUUUUUGAAAAGAUUCCUGUCGGCAGCUGUGUAUGCGAAGGAAAAAGAAAUAUACUCGGGCGAGCACGACAACGAGAGCUCAAGCGACUCGGCAGUAGAGGCGUACGUGGGGUCAGAGUGCCUAUGCAACGGAAUAGGCGGAUGCAACAUGGAAAUGCACAUACUGGACGAAGGAAAAACUCAAAGGGCCAGAGAAAGCGCAAAGAAGAUCAUUUUGGGCGUUUCCAACCUGGUGUUCACGCAUUUUGAAGAAAUGAACAAGUUCCAAGGCUUCUACUCUUUGUGGAAGUAUCUAGGGCGGAUUUUGGUAAAGUUCUCAGUUGACCCAGAGAUGAACAGCACAGUGGUUGCAGCGCUAAAGCCAGGCCUCUGUAUAGAGCUGCCCGAAAAGUACUGUGUGUCCGUUCUGCACACUGUUUCAGACGUGUGCUUCACAUGCUCGCACGAAGACUUCCCGCUGGAAACAGCCAUGGAGCUUGUGAAGUGCGCAUACAAAAAAGUGCCUGCCUGCCGAAAGGCCCAAGAGACAGCGACUCUUUUCAGCAGCAUAACACACCUCCUGAAAAGCAACACUGUGCUGGACAGCGAGGUGCUUACGUUUCUGGAGGCAGAGGCAAUCGAGGCGCUGUGCACCGAGAAUCCCGGAUAUGUUGAGGAGAUAAAGGUCAAAAUUCUGCUUGAGUGGAUAUCUCUUCCGCAGGUGAGCCCGAGCCGGGUUUCGGAGCAGUUUCUAGUGCUGUGCAUGGACCAAAUGGAGGCCGAGAUUUUGGCACCCACUGAAGAGUUCGCAGCUGUAAUAGGCGACACGAUAAAAAGCCUGCUGGCGUACCACAAGAAGAAACAAAUGUAUGCAAUGUGCUGGAAAAGAGCCUUGGUGUUUUUGCAAAACAUACUCUUCUAUGAGGCAAGGGCGCGGGAAACAACCCACCUCCCUGCUAUAUCUAGAGAAAUCCUAGGGCUGUCUGAAAAAGGAAAGGAGCUGCUUUCUGCAAGCCUAUUUGAAAGCAUGCGCAGAGACUCGCCGAGCAGUGCAGACGGCCAAGCGCCUUCGAGCCUGGCCCUAGUCAAGAGCCAGGAGAGGGAGAUGUCUAAGUACCUGCUGUUUUUGGAAGAUCUUAGCAAAAUUCUAGAAAAGCAGCAGCUGUUUGAUCUCUACGCUGUGCUAACUGAGCUGUGGAAGGCAGCCGAAAAGAAAAAAAUGCACAUUAUGUACCUAGCAGCCACCAAAAUGCUCUGCCAUGUAUUUAACUCAAGGAAGGACACCAAGGAACAAUCAGAGGAGUGGGCAUGUCUUUUGUUGGCAGAGUACAACAGAAGAAUUCGGGUAGAAAGAAUGUCGUACUCCUUCUUUAGGCGGCAGGCUGUUUUGUAUGUGCUCCAAAGAAUCCUGGAUAAAAAGAUGAAUCUUCCUACGUCAAAGGAGUUUUUGGAUGAGCUCACUUUAUGCAUGUCUUUCGACGGCUCGGAAAUCUCUUUGCGCGCGUAUGAAAUUUUGCAUAGCCUCAUAGAACAGAAAUAA